UUCUCUUUUUCCAUAAAGCCCUAGAGAAAAACCCUCUUCCCCACUCCACUCUCUCUCUACGUGCUAUUUUGAAACUUGGAUCUAACUUCCAUUACAAUUGUUCAUUCGGCUAGUCUCUAGCUUCCAUUAGUGUUAUCGGUUUUACAUUCGAGGAGUAGAGUGUUAACCAUGUCGCUGAAGGUGCUGAAUCCUAACGCUGAGGUGCUGAACAAGUCUCAUGCGCUGCAUAUGAACAUCAAUGCCGCAAAGGGCCUCCAGGAUGUGCUCAAAUCUAACCUCGGCCCAAAGGGAACUAUUAAAAUGCUUGUUGGUGGCGCUGGCGAUAUCAAGCUCACUAAGGAUGGAAACACUCUGUUGAAGGAAAUGCAAAUACAAAGCCCUACAGCCAUUAUGAUUGCUCGGACUGCUGUUGCUCAAGAUGAAACCAGUGGAGAUGGUACCACUUCUACUGUCAUCUUUAUUGGUGAGCUCAUGAAGCAAUCAGAGCGGUACAUAGACGAAGGAAUGCAUCCACGUGUUCUGGUUGAUGGAUUUGAAAUAGCUAAAAGAGCAACACUCCAGUUUCUCGAAAAGUUUAAGACUCCUGUAGUGAUGGGUGCUGAACCUGAUAAAGAGAUACUGAAGAUGGUGGCAAGAACAACACUAAGGACUAAGUUGUACGAGGCAUUGGCAGACCAACUAACUGAUAUUGUCGUAAAUGCUGUCCUCUGCAUCCGCAAGCCUGAAGAGCAUAUUGAUCUUUUUAUGGUUGAGAUAAUGCACAUGCGCCACAAGUUUGAUGUUGACACUCGUUUGGUUGAGGGUCUAGUUCUUGACCAUGGUUCAAGGCAUCCAGAUAUGAAACGCCGAGCAGAGAAUUGUUAUAUCUUGACUUGCAAUGUGUCACUAGAGUAUGAGAAGAGUGAAGUAAAUGCAGGAUUCUUUUACUCGAGUGCUGAACAAAGAGAGGCAAUGGUUGCUGCAGAAAGACGAUCUGUUGAUGAGAGGGUCCAGAAAAUAAUUGACUUAAAAAAUAAGGUGUGUCCUGAUGAUAACAGCAAUUUUGUUGUCAUUAAUCAGAAAGGAAUUGAUCCUCCAUCAUUAGAUAUUCUUGCGCGAGCUGGAAUAAUUGCCCUGCGAAGGGCAAAAAGGAGAAACAUGGAGAGAUUGGUUUUGGCUUGUGGAGGAGAGGCUGUCAACUCAGUUGAUGAUUUAACCCCUGAGUGCCUUGGUUGGGCUGGCGUGGUAUAUGAACAUGUACUUGGAGAAGAAAAGUAUACGUUUGUGGAAAAUGUCAAAAAUCCUAACUCUUGUACAAUUCUCAUUAAAGGGCCAAAUGAUCACACGAUUGCUCAAAUUAAGGAUGCUGUUCGUGAUGGUCUGAGGGCAGUGAAAAACACCAUUGAAGAUGAAGCUGUUGUACUGGGUGCAGGGGCUUUCGAGGUGGCAGCCAGACAAUACCUGGUUAAUGAAGUCAAGAAAACUGUUAAAGGACGUGCCCAACUUGGCGUGGAAGCCUUUGCUGAUGCGCUUCUUGUGGUUCCAAAGACGCUUGCUGAAAACUCUGGCCUUGACACCCAGGAUGUGAUAAUUGACCUUACGGGAGAACACGACAAGGGUAAUGUGGUCGGACUAAAUCUUCAAACUGGAGAACCUAUUGACCCUCAAAUGGAGGGUAUCUUUGACAAUUACAUUGUAAAGCGUCAGCUUAUAAACUCUGGCCCCGUGAUUGCAUCCCAGCUGCUACUCGUAGAUGAGGUUAUUCGUGCUGGCCGUAACAUGCGGAAACCAACCUAAUUUGUGGUGAACUUGUUUCCUAGAAGAUUGUAAUCGUGGUGAGGGUCGUGAUUGAUACUGAUUUACCUAAACUCUAUAUAGUCACUGUGCCUAGAAAAUUUUGAUUGGUUAUUUUGUGGACCCUGGCUUUUUUGCUUGUUAUGUGUUGUGUUUAAAAUCAUGUGAUUGUCGGAUGCUAGUUUCAUUGAGUCAUAAUCAGAUAGUUUGCUCAUUUUUUAA